GUCCAGCAGAUGGCAAUUUGGCCGUUAUCGCGCAUGCGCGCUGUGGUUCACACGCUAACAUGGCUGCCUUGGGGAGAUGGUGCUCUACUGUAGCUGCUGCCACCAGCAAGGGUACAAGAUGGGAGAGACUGAGAAACAGUCGUGCAGGUUUGUGGUGCCACAGCCUUCUCGGUGACUAUAAGGAAGCGUGCCGUGAGAUAUUUGUUGGUGCAUUUGAAAGGCCUUUCAAAGCCAGUUUUUAUGUGGCUUUGCUUGGAGGUACCUAUGCCUGUUACUACACCAAUCCAGACAGCACAUCUUUUCAGUCUAGAAUACUAGAGACCUCCAACCAGCUUGCCCUCCUCUCUCCGUGGAUUCGUAGUGGCACGUCGGAUGGGCAUGUGCAGAGCUUGGCCAAGCUGCGCAACGAGGGCCGUUUGCGAUACAUCAGCCUGGGCAUUGUGUCGUUGACCUACAUGGCAGACUAUGACCCUGAGCCCAGCCUGUACGAGGCACGAUGUUCUGCACUUUCUGUGCCCUGGUCACAGUUGCGUGAACGUGUGUUGGACAUAGGUUUUGCGGGGCGCUGGUGGAUAUUGGAAAAUAAAAUGGAGAACUAUGAUAUAAAUGAGGAGGAGUUCAAGCAUCUCUCACCUGCCCUUCUGGCCACAGCACCCCCUACACCACAGGAGACAGAGAGAAAUGAGAGACUGCACCAGGAGUCCUGGAAGGCUCUGUUGAUGGAGGGAGAAGAAGAGAUGGACAGUAUGUAGAAAAGUGAGGAGGUAACAGGAAAAGGAAAUGUGAGCAAUACAAAACAGGACAUUUAAUAUGGUUUAUGUGUUUAUGCUAAUUUAGACCUGUCAUGUAUGAAUUUGUGUUUAUCAGCCUGGACAGACAUUACCAAACUCUUAUAUUUAUUAUAAUCCUCAAGCAGAAAUUGCCUUCUGAGAAAAUGAAACUUAUUGACACCUUG